UCCAAGCUGCAAGACUUUAUUCUUUGCGCCAAUGUCUUUGUUUUUUCGCCUUUUCAUACUUUUUAGGGGGAGCCUGAGUAUCAAAAGGCAAUGCUCCUCCUAAUUAGACCCACUCCUCGUAUUCAUUUAAGUUCCAUCGCAUUGCACUUUUUGUUCAUGUUAUUUUGAGUUUGGAUAUAAAGUAUUUACAGUUUACUUUGUCUUUGUGUUUGUUUUGGAUGAAGAUGACCUACGUGUAUUGUUCGUUAUCUGAAAGCAUGAUGCUGGUUAAGUUUAUUUUCUUUUGCCUGGUGGAGUUUUAUGCCGGCGGCGCAGUUCGCGACACCGGUUUGGUCACUUUCGAGGAAUCUGUUACACCUGUGACCGAUUCGCUUCUCGCACCUGCCCUCCGUAGAAACGGAAUUGUGCAAAACAUCGAUCGGAUCUACCACGGGGGUGGAAAAGUGGGCUAUCUCAUCUAUAUGGACGGCAGGAAAUUUCAAUUGGAUAUGGAAAGGGACGAGGCUGUUUUAUCCCACCACUUCAGUUCCAGGUAUGUGGAUGCGAUACAUACGACUGACGAUCGUAUACGACCACUGCACAAGGAGUGUGUUUACCGUGGCACAGUGGAUUCCAAUCCUGAAUCUCUUGCGCUUUUCAGUCUGUGCCGUGGCCGGCUGGAGGGCUUUUUUGCGUUGAAGCACGCCCGUUACACUGUUAAACCGCUCGCCAUGGUGAAAGGACAGGAGAACGAUGCGCAUUCCGUGGAGGAUGCAGCCUCGGACCGGGAGCUUCACUAUUAUACCCGAGAGGGUUUCAGUUUUGAGGCAAUGCCCAUGCGUGAGAGCUGUGGCACGCGAGAAGGGCGAGGGCGCAGGCAUGCCAAAGGAAAGCGCCGUCGCGGAGAACUGGGAAGGAGAACUCACAGACGCAGUUUUGCGCUGGAUGAACAGGGACGUCAAGUGCAUGGCGCAAGGUGGUGGCUCUCAAGGUCCGAUUCUCACAUAGCAGGUAAGAGGCGCAAGAGGUCGGUUUCUCGCGCCAGGCACGUGGAACUGCUUCUAGUUGCAGACGAGUCAAUGUCAAAGAAGUACGGCAAAGAUCUGAACCACUACCUGUUGACGCUGGCUUCUAUCGCCUCCAAACUCUACGGCCACGCCAGCAUCGAGAACCCCAUCCGCCUCUCGGUUGUAAAAGUGGUGUUGGUGACGGAGAAGGAGAAAGGAUUGGAGAUUUCUAAGAAUGCGGCGGCUACCCUGAAGAGUUUUUGCAAGUGGCAAAAUCAGCAGAAUCCGCUGGAUGAUGACCACCAAGAGCACCAUGACGCGGCCAUCCUCUUCACCAGGCAGGACCUGUGUGGGCACCACUCCUGCGACACGCUGGGCAUGGCUGACGUGGGCACCAUCUGCUCUCCGGAGCGGAGCUGUGCCGUGAUCGAGGACGACGGACUGCACGCCGCAUUCACCGUGGCGCACGAGAUCGGACACCUCCUGGGCCUGUCUCACGACGACUCUAAGUUCUGUGAGGAGCGAUUCGGCUCCAACGAGGACAAGCGCCUCAUGUCCUCCAUCCUCACCUCCAUCGACGCCUCCAAGCCCUGGAGCCGCUGCACCUCCUCCACCAUCACUGACUUCUUCGACGACGGCAACGCCGAAUGCCUGCUAGACUCCCCCCGCCAGGCCAUCCUGGGGCCUGAGGAGCUCCCGGGGCAGAGCUACGACGCUAUCCGGCAGUGCCGCCUGGCGUUCGGGGCGGAGUACACGGUGUGCCCGGGCAUGGACGUGUGCGCCCGGCUGUGGUGCGCCGUGAUUCGGCAGGGCCAGAUGGUCUGCCUCACCAAGAAGCUGCCAGCCGUGGAGGGCACACCCUGCGGCAAGGGCCGCAUCUGCCUGCACGGAAAGUGCGUGGACAAGACCCGCAAGAAGCAGUACUCGACCUCGAACCAUGGCAGCUGGAGUUCAUGGGGGUCCUGGGGCACAUGCUCUCGUUCAUGUGGUGGGGGAGUGCAGUUCGCUCAGCGUCUGUGCAACAACCCUCCACCCCGAAAUAACGGGAGGUACUGCACGGGCAAGAGGGCCAUCUACAGGUCCUGCAAUGGGAGCCCCUGCCCAGAGACCACUAAGAGUUUCCGUCUGCAGCAGUGCGAGUCGCGUAACGGGCACCAAACCGACCCCAAGGGGGUGAAGACCUUUGUGGAAUGGGUGCCCAAGUUUGCCGGGGUCCUGCCCUCCGAUGUGUGUAAACUGACGUGUCGAGCCAAGGGAACGGGAUACUACGUAGUGUUCGCCCAGAGGGUGACGGAUGGCACGGAGUGCAGGCCGUACAGCAGUUCGGUGUGUGUGAAGGGGAAGUGUGUGCGCACCGGUUGUGACGGGAUCAUCGGCUCCAAACUGCAGUUCGACAAGUGCGGCAUCUGUGGAGGGGACAGCACCAGCUGUGUAAAGGUGGUGGGAAACUUCACCAAGAAGAGUAAGGGCUACACGGACGUGGUGAAGAUCCCGGAAGGUUCCACCCACAUUAAGGUGCGGCAGCACAAGCCCAAGGACCAGCUGCGCUUCACAGCCUACCUGGCGCUGCGGCGGGCCAGCGGGGACUACCUGCUGAACGGGAAGUUCAUGAUCUCCACGUCGGAGACGGUCAUCCCCCUCAGCGGCAUGGUGCUCAACUACAGCGGCUGGAGCCAGAGGGACGACUUCCUGCACAGCAUGGGCCCCGGGGCCCUGGGAGAGGAGCUGAGGGUGCAGAUCCUGGCCACCGACGCCAAGCGGCCGCUGGACGUGCGCUACAGCUUCUUCGCGCCGCGCAAGGCGGCCCCGCCCUCCCCGACCCCGCCCGCGGCCAAGGGCCCGCAGUGGGCCCCGGGGCCCUGGCUGGCGUGCUCGCGGACGUGCGACGCGGGGUGGCAGACCCGCACCGUGCAGUGCAAGGACCCGCGGGGCGGGCUGACCAAGGGCUGCCCGCUGGGGGACCGGCCCUCCGCUUUCAAACACUGCCUCAGCAGGAAGUGCUGACGGCUGGAUGGCCCCGGAGCGGACACGCGCCGUACGGACGCACGCUGACGCGCAGAGCGCCUCCCCUCUGCCAUCCUGUCACUUCCAACCGCCCUCCAUUUUGGCAGUGAUUACCCCUUGUUUAUAAUUUACCGUCUAUAUUGUCCUUUUUGGUAUUAUUUCAGUUUUUUGCCAGUUAAGGCUUGCGCGUUUGAACUCCUGAACAAGGGCUUUGAACAUGGGACACCCCCCGCCCCCCCCCAUCUCAGUAAGCACUUUUAAGCUGCUCC